CGUCAGCGAGCCAUCUUUGUUCGCUUAAUCCGAGCAUCUAUUUUUUAUGUGUACAUAGUGACAGAAGAGAGUAGCGGUAGAGCGCCCUUAUUAUAAACGAAAUAAUAGCGAGGCGCGGCACACCGCUGGAGAGGAGUAAAUAAAAACCUUUAAGGAAUACCGCUUUACUGGAAUAACCUGGAGAGUGCAUUAUUUAUCCCGGAGACGGGGAGAAACGCCUGAAGCAGCGCGUUCAUCCGCACACUUCUUGUAGACGCACACAAAACCCGGUUCAAAAUGUCUGCCCCUGCCGGUGCCCCCGCCCCAGAAGGAGGUAACCAGCCUCCUAACCUCACCAGCAACCGUCGCUUACAGCAGACACAGGCUCAGGUGGAUGAGGUGGUGGACAUUAUGCGUGUGAACGUAGACAAGGUCCUGGAGAGGGACCAGAAGCUGUCAGAACUGGAUGAUCGGGCUGAUGCCCUGCAGGCUGGAGCCUCACAAUUCGAGACCAGCGCCGCCAAGCUCAAGAAUAAAUACUGGUGGAAGAAUGCCAAGAUGAUGAUUAUCCUGGGGGUGAUAUGCGUGAUUGUCCUCAUUAUAAUCAUUGUGUACUUCAGCACCUAAAGCGCGACGCUCCUACCCCACUCUGAGCUCAAGAACGCCCAAUUCCAAGCCACAGAAAAAUCCCUCCCAAAAAAGAUGAGAAAAUCGACUUCUCACAACACUCGAUUUAUUUGCCCUCAAAGAGUCUAAAUCCGCCCCUUUCCCGAGCCCCCUUGCCCCCCCGCCUCCACUGCCUCACAGCUGGGCCCCUGUCACUCCUCGUCCGUCCUGUCCGUGAGUGUGUGGCCAUGUCUCCUCUGUAAAUACCUCCGGCUUUUCUGAAAUACUGUUCAUACUCCAAACUCCUGAUUACUUGUGACAACGAUAAAAAAGAAAAAUCGCAAAUCUUAGAAUACGAUAAGAUUAUACAGUAUAUAUAUAUUCCAAAUGUUCUUUGUAGAGUUUUAUUCUGAUAUAAUGGUUUUUGUAGUUUGUGUGUGAGUGUGCAUUUGUAUAUUUUUUUAAGUUUUGUAAGACUUAUUUUGCUUCAGGUUUAAACUACUGCCUCUUAAUCUGGGUGUUUGUAUCUUGCACGCUCUAUUUCAUUCUAUCUUGCUCACUGAGUAUUGGUGUAUUUUUGCACAAGCGAUAGACUCCCUUAACUGAGGUACUCAGUCAAUAUCCCCAAUUUGUUUUUUGUCACAUGCACUCUAUCUCAGACCUACACAUUGCCCCCUCAACCCUUUCUUUCUUUCUUUCUUUCUCUCUUUCUUUCUUUCUCACCAACAGUACUUACUCUUUUAGUGAACUGCCACAACAGACUGGACCAAUGACUGUAGAUGUUUAUCUUGAUUUAAUGCUUUUAGUGUCUUAUCUCUUAAACAUUCCUUAAUAGCAGUGUAGAACUAUGCUGUCUAUCAAAUAAAGUAAGUGUAUUUAUCUUAAAGAAUUCCAAAAUAGGUCUUAAACAACCUCGAGUACUUGUAACACAGUCGAACGACCCAGCAGGCACAAAACGUCAAUAUAAAGUAAACGUCGCUUUGGCUAAGAAUCAAAAUCGGGUUGGCGUCAACAUUCGACGUUGAUCAGAUGUUGGAUUUUGAUUACAAAACCUAAAAACAAUAUAUAUAUUAACAUCAGCUGACGUCGGGAGUAGGCAUUGAAUUGACUGAAUUUUGGACACCUGACGUCGCAACCAAAAUUGAACCAAAUAUCAACGUCUUACGAUGUUGUGUGCCUGCUGAGAAGGUUUUGACAGGGAUGGCGAAGCACUGUAAAGGCGAAAAGAUUUGAAAGUUAUAGUGCUAUUUGAACCGAUCCAUUCUGCUGGUGAAGAUUUUGAAGCCCAGAGAGAUUCAAGGCCGAAAAAGGGGAAAUAGUAUCAUGCACAAAAAGCUUGUUUUCGAUGGCGCUUUUUAACUGGUUAGACUGCAGGUGUGAAUGGGAGAGAUCCGCGCGCUGGGUUACGUCCUCGCAGCAGAACUUACUGCCAAACCGACACACGAGUUCAUCCGUCUGAAAGCACACAGUUCGAUCUUAACAACACGUCAACGUGAGGUAGUUUCCACAGCUGCGGUUCUCUCUCUCAAAUCUAGAUACUGCCUUUAAUUUAGUCUCUCUUUUAAUUUUAGCUAUGGAUUCUAUUCUUUUUUUCGUGUGCGAAGCAGGCAGGAAAGGGAGCGCGUCGUUUCAGGACUUGACGCCGCUGCCAUGUGCACAGCGAGCACCUUUGUGUCCCUCGCUAUUAUCCACCUCUCCGUGUGCCUGUUUGUUGAGUUCAGCUGUAGUUUACACACUGCCAAGCACCUGAGGGGACUUUUUUUUUUCUUGUUGUCUUUUGUUUUGUUUUUUUCAUCGCACUCUUCCUGGUUCUCUCUUGUGCAUGUAUACGCCUCCGUCAGCAUCACUCUUCAGUCUCAUCCGCCCAAUCUGUCGACAAAAUGCGAGCCAGGCGUGAAGUGUGCGUCUGCACGUGAACACCCCCCCCCUCCCCUUCACGUUUCCAACUUAGUGCCAUUAGCGUUUCUUCUUUCACACAUGAUUUGGUUUCUAGCCGCCCGUCGUAGUGUGUGUGUGGAGUAUUUCGGCUUCAUCCUCACAGAUUAGGCCGCUUAGAACUAUGCAGGUAAAGAAAGGCUGUUCCCGUGGCAACCUUGCAUAAACGGGGGGGAGGGCAUAGAUUAGCUGAUUGACUGUGACAAGGGGCGGAGCCUGUAAUGGGGCGGGGCUAGAGAAAUGAUUCCACUGGUGUGUUUUUGGAUUGCACAUAAAGCUUAAUGUUUGGAGCAGAAUGAACUGUAAUACUUUGGACUCACAAUCAUUUUAAUUUCAUUCAUUUUUUUCUUCUUUAAAAGGAGACAGCCUUAGUUCAUUUCAUUUUUUUUACAUCCCUGCAUGCUCAUUCACUCCUUCGUCCCACUCACGUUGAGCUAUUUUAAUGAAAAAUGACCAAAGACCAUAUUAUAUCUUGCUUAUACUGCCAACUGCCAUCAAAAACAGGUUAAGGGACAACAUUUCCCCAAAUCUCUGGUUUUUAAAAGCUCUCAUCCAGCAAAAGGAAACAAGAAAUUGCCCAUCUCUCUUCAGGUCUAUUUUUAUUUUACUUGAAUAUUUAGCGGAGGUGCUUGCUAACAGGAUAACGAAUUUGAAACCGCAAUCUGACGGACGCAUCCCCAGGCCUGAUAUCUAAAAACAAUAAUAGCACAAUUUCUCCUUUUGGUCUGUAUCUGUAAUGCUGAAUAUAAAAAUGGAACUAUUUCUUUGUAGCUGUUUAAAGAAGAAAAAAGACAAAAAAAAUCUGUAUUGUUUCGUGUCGUAGUGUGGGCUUCAUCUGGGGGAAGGGGGUCCUUUUUUUUGGAUUUUACAUUUAAGGCAUAAACAAUCUGGAAUUAGAAUAAGAUGUAAAAUAGAUCAACUAUUUAUUAUAUUAGGCAAAUAUAAGAAUCUCCUGGGAGUUGUCAACAUUUUAAAGGGGUCUAUGACUAAUUAAACAACACGCAUUGGGGUAGGACUCAAACACGACCGAUUAAUCAGAGCAUUCAAGAUGCUUCACUAAUUGAAAGGAUUCUAAUAGGGGACUAUUACAAAUAAUGUAUGUGCUUUUCUGUUUUUCUUUGUGUAAGUGUAUGAAGACAUUUUCUUUUGUCUUGGCACUUACUCUACGUUUUGUUCAAAACCGCGUGGGUCGAGAGGGACGGUGGGAGUAGUUUUGUCAUGCGGCCUGUUAAAGACGCUGCGUCUUCUUUAUUGGGAGGGAACCAAUGAAGACACAGAACUUUACUGGCUCAGAGCCACAGUGAUUCGUCCAUUGCUCACGUCAUACAGUUGUUUAGUCUUCAGUUGUUUACUUUAUUUUAAGCAGAAAUUAGUUAAGGCUUCACAGUGGUGCUCUGUGGCACAGCUUCAUUGUGCUUAGUUAGGAGAGGGUGAUUUUUUUUAAAUAUAUAUAAAUAUAAUUUUAGUUUUAAAUAUAAGAACGGUGACCUAAGAUUCUAAAGUAAUACUGGAAAAUGAACCCUGCCUUAUUAAAAGGUUAGAGCGUCAAACGUUUUUUCAGAAAGCUUGUACAGACUGGGAUAUCAACUUCAGUUGGUUGCUAUUCAUUCAGAGAUGCUUUGAAUGAAAUGUUACGGCGUUUUACAACAGUUCGAUUCGUUGUUGAAGGUUUUUGAGACCGAGUAAAGUGUAAAAACAAGCAGAAUUUAAGGAGCUGAUACCAUAGAGCUUCAUGGAGGUCUAGAAAUGCAUCGAUCCAAGAGCCAAGUUGCUGUAUUAAUAACAAUUUGUGUUUCAUUUGUGUAUUUAUUUGAUUUACGGAAGUUUGUUUGGGAAGGAAAGCUGGAGGAUUAGCAUUACCCCUGUUCGUCUGGCCUUUUUGGAGGGACUAGGUUGGAGGAUCAUGGGUAAUUCGGCCCUCACAGAUUUAUUUUAUGUUGUUAUUUUUUGGAAUUUUUUUUAUUUAUUUGUGUCAUAAGUUAUAGUGUACUACAUAUUAAACAGAACGAAGUACAUGGUAACAGGGAACCUUUUGGCAACCAGACAUACAUGAAAUCAAUUGUAGAGUAAAUCUGUCAAUGUCUAUUAUAUGGAUGACCAUCUUGGGAAAAUAUAUAUAUAUAUAUAAAUAUACUUAUAUAUAUAUUGCAAAAAAAUGACAGUUAUGAUGACCUGUGUUUAUUGUUCCGAGUUAGAAAUUAAAAUGUGUGUGUGUUUGAAAACAAUGACAACAUAAAAAUAAAUAUAUAAUAAAAA